AUGCCCAGUAACCCAAUCAUGACAGCUACAGGAGAGAGAAGGCAGUGGACCAACUAUGGAAAGUACCCAAUGGUUGAGGCAGGGAAUAUCCUGCACAAGACUGAGGCACCUACUAUGAUGAUUACUUGGAUCAGAACUGGAAAGAAUGUGACUCACAAGUUCCAGCAAGAAGUAGCCCGGAAAAGAUCUUGGGAUGGGGACGCUCCUGUUGCUACAGAGCAUGAUAAGGGGAAGACGGCUCCAGGGGACAUGGACAAACGGGGGAAGGAGAAGGAUAACAAGGAUGAGGGGAAGGACUCGCUGAGAAAGACGAGCCUACCUAGCCCCGAAAAGCCCGAGGCGACAUGUACUUAUCGCUACGGUGGUCACAAGCACCUGACUCAGCAAGGCCGACGGGGAAUUUCUGACAACCUCCAACCCUGCCUGGUUUCUGCAGCUUGCAGUACCCCAGAAAGAGGAACGUCACAGGACUACUAUUAA